AGUUUGAACAAACAUGACAACCGUGGUAGAGUUUCCAGAACAGCUGGAAGAAGUAAAGGAUUCCCAUGAAGACAAUUCAAGCCAAGAUCAAACCGUGGCUACAAGAAAUGAUGUGAUGGCAAUCAAAACUCAGCUUGAAAACCAAGGAAAGGAGGGCCCAUCUUUUCUAUGGGAGACCCUCGCCAGGCAGUUCUUGGAGUAUGAGAAGGCGGCAGCUUUCCUGCGUCCUGAAGAGCAACAAAGGCAACUGCUGGCUUUCUUGGCUCGCUUUCUGAAGGCCUGGGAUCAUUCGGAUAGCAAUAUCUGUUUCCCAAAUAUGCAACUCUUAGCGAGUGAGACUUCGAAGUUCUUGGUGAAAGAAAUGAAGAAGAAACUGAACAGGACGUCUGCAGAAGAGGCCCGGACAGCUGUGUGGCAAUUUCUGCAGUGGCAAGCAGAUGAGGCUGCUGAUGGUUAUUUGCUCCUGAGAUCAAUCUACUUGCUCUCCUUUGGCCACCUGUCUAUCCAGAAUUUGUCAAAGCUUGCUGACUCACUACCCACUUGUGAUAUAUGUGAAGCAGUCAACAUCAUCUUGUGUUUUGUGAAGGAUUCAUACCGAAUUUCCCCAGCCUUACUUUUGGAGUUUGAGAACAAUGGGGGCUAUCAACUUCUGAUGAACCUUCUUCUUAGGUAUGAGGGGCUACUGAGCAGCAAAGAAGAUGCCAGUAUAAGAGAAACACUGGACUUUCUGACACAACUGACUGUUUGUGGGAAUACAGAACUGAAGGUAUCGGGCAAUGUGACAAACCCUCAGCUACCACAAUUUAAUGCGAAACAGGCUCUUUCUUCUGAAAACAGAGUGAGAAACCUGAAGGCCUUCCAGGUGCUCGAAUCUCUUUUCCGGAAGACAGCCAAUCCCAAACUCUGCCAACAUAUUCUGCUGGCCAUAAAAUCUAUCUGGAUGUGGGAUUCCAUGAAUUUCUUCCUCCUGGAAUGGUCUCUGCAACCCAUCUCCCAGUUUGUUGGUGUCAUCCAUCUCAAGCCCCCUAUAGUCCAGGCACAGUUUUUUGAACUGGUGGAGUCAGUAGUGUUUGACCUCUUAUACAUCCCCCAUGAGAUUCUGAAAGAAAUCCAGUGUUUGAUAAAGGAAAAUGCUGAGCCAGGAUGCACCUCAUGUGCCCUGUGCUGCCUUCACCGAAUCACUCAGAAGGAUCUGCUCUUCACAGAUAUCUUCAGAGACUCGGGGCUCUUGGGAAUGCUGCUUGCCCAGCUACGCAAGGAAGCCAAAAUACUAAUAAAGAAAGGUGGAUCCGAAGCAUCUUGUCAAGACCAGUCUGUGGAAAGGUCGCUCAUCAGUGUGAUGCUGAAGAUGGUGGUUGCUCUUGUGAUGGGGUCAGUUAGGAACACAGUGAUUCUCAGAGACUAUGGGAUGGUGCCAUAUAUUAAGAUUUUUUUAGACAAUGAGUUGUACCGAAGUGAUGCCGUGACUAUCCUGGAGCAGCUGUCAGUUAUCAAUGCUGAGGAGUACAUGAGCAUCAUUAUUGGAGCCCUAUGCUCUUCCACCCAAGGAGAACUGUGCUUCAUUUUGGAUCUACUUAAGUCUCUCCUAAGAAUACUGGAAAAUCCCAAGGGUCGCUCAGCCUUCAGAACCAGUAGCGGUUUUAAUGGACUGCUCUCUCUUUUGGCUGAUAUGGAAGGUGCCUUGCAGGACCCACCUUCAGGUUUAUGGGCCUCAUGUGGUCACAGCCACAUGAUGGAGCUUAUACUGCAUAUACUCCAAGUGAUAGCGGCUGCUCUGUACAUGGAUCCAAUCAAUAGUGACUUCUUCCAAAAGAAUGGUCUCUUUGAGAAGAUGGCCGAAGAUCUGGGCUUGCUUGGUUGCUUCUCAGCACAGAAGUGGGGAUUGAUGACAACUCAGCUCAGCAAAACACGAUCGUUCGCCGAGUUUUCAGAGGCAGCUGUUUGCUCCUCGGAGACCUUUCCUAUUCAGCUAAAAAGCUGCAUAAGUAUAUUCAGUUUCCUUGACUAUAUGGCCAGGUGCGACCCCUUCAAGUUCAAAAGCUGCUUGGUGGAAAUGAAGCAAGAUGAAGAUCAACUUCCAGUGUAUAUCCAAAAGGUGAAAGAAAAUAGAGAAGAACCUGAAGACAGCUUUGGGGAUAAUGAUAUGGAUGCCAGUCUGUGGACAGGAUCCAAAGACAAGUCAAAAGAUGAGGACGGGAUGAUCGUGUGUCCUGGAGCUUUUUGUAUUAUGGUAAAACUGCUUUGCAAACUCUACCACAAAGAUCAUCCAGAAUUAUCAUGGGAAAUCCAAUAUGCUGUGGCCGACCAUAUUCAGUCUUUGAUGAAGUCAGAGAAGAGUCGCCAAGUUGCGUGUGGAGCCGGUUUGCUGGACGCCAUUAUUACUUCCUGCCUAGAAGUGCUGCACAACGCCAGCAAUCCCCUGCACCUGCCCGUUAUCAGGCUCUUUGAGAAGCUUGCAUCCCAGUCCAUUGAGCCUGAUGUCCUAAGGAAAUUUCUUUGCUUCGGAAUUAUGUCACCACCUCUAGCAUCUGGGUUCGGAAUGAGCCAAUCCACAGCAUUUGUGAACUGCAGAAACAGUUUGUGUCAAGCAGCUUCAAGUAAAGGUUCAGAAACAGCUGUACAGAAUGGUUCUGCAAAUGAUCAUCAAAUCCCUUCAGCUUCAGACACAUCUUGGAUAAGCAAUAGCUCUGCCAUGGCUUUCCAAACAUCCAUGAGUCUGAUUUCUAUGACAACUCCACGCAACCUCCAGCCACAGAGUUCCUGCCUGACACCUUCAUUUGUGGAAUUUGAUAUGUCUUUUGAAGGAUAUGGCUGCUUGUUUCUUUCUUCUUUGGCUACCAUUCUGGGUUCCAGUGCCGAAUACUCAGUCUCAGGAGGAACUGGAAAAGUUUUAGGCACCAGGAUGUUCCCACCAUUGGAUGGCCUGACUUUCUCCUCAUGGUUUCUAGUCAGCAAGAUGGGUUCUGUUCACAAUCCCCACCCACUACGUUUCCUUACUCUGGUGCGUCACAUGGCAAGGACAGAGGAAGAAUUUGUCUGCUUUGUGGUGAGCUUUUCUCCCAUGGAUAGAAGCCUAAGUAUCUCCACUGAGGAAAUGCUAUUCCAGACCCUUGAUAUGAUGGAACCUGAAAUGAAAGGCCAUGAUCAGUCCUCUGUCCUCUCUCAAGUCCGGUUUGAAUGUGCUGACCUGCUAGCAACUAGGCAGUGGCAUCACCUUGCAGUAACUGUGGCCAGGGAAACUAGAUGGAAUUGUACUGUUUCAGCCUAUAUAGAUGGACAGAAAGUUGGUUCUGCUAAGAUGCAGUAUAUCCAGCCUCUCCCAGGAACCUUUGUUUCUAUGGACCCCUCUUCCUUCAUUGACGUUUAUGGCUAUGUGGCUACUCCACCAAUCUGGAAACAGAAGUCGUCACUGACUUGGCGCCAGGGUCCUGUGUAUUUAUUUGAAGAAGUAAUCUCCAUGGAAAUUUUGCAACUCAUUAUCAGGCUUGGUCCAAGAUAUUGUAGCAACUUCCAGUCUGUGGAUCUUAGAGAAGGAGGAUCCCUAAGCAGUGUACAGACCACAACCCUGGUAACACCAGAGAAGAUUUCAUUUGGAAUCAGUGCUAUGAGAUCAUCCUAUACCACAGUUAAAGAGAUAAAAGAUUGCUAUGGUGAAGUGGAUGCACGCUUAAUAGCAAAAGAGCUGAGAAUCUCUUCUCGAGACAAUGCAACGCCCAUUUUCAUGGCACACAAUACUGCUGAAAAUCUUCCUGGACCCUUACGAACUAUUGGAGCAGUUAUUGUAGGCUCAUACAGUGGGACUCGAGUGUUCCAGCCCAGGCCAGCUGCUAUCAGUCUGAAUUACAUCGGAGGCCCCGCCAUUCUGCUGGGUCUCCUUGCCAUGGCCAAUGAUGACCACACCAUGUAUGCUGCUGUAAAAGUCUUGCAGUCUGUUCUCAGCAACAGUGCAACGAGUGAAAAUCUAAUGAAACAAGUUAAUGGAUAUCAGAUCCUGGCAUACCUGCUGAAAAGAAAGGCCCACAUGUUAAACAGCAGAAUUCUUCAACUUGCCCUCUCCAUUGGCGGAAUUGCUGACACCAGCCUGGACUCCAUCACGAUCAGGAAUUUUGAAGUAUUCCAAAAUAUUGUCUGCAACUUUGAGUUUUGGUGUAAUGCACCUGAGAAUCUGGACUUUGCUCUUUUUUCACACCUCAUAGAAAUUCUGCAGUCUUCUAGAGAUGGGAGCUGGAAUAUGAAACUCGCUCGUCAAGUACAGAUUGUGCCUAAGCUUGUUCUUCUCUGCAGUGACCCUGAGAUCACAUGCUCUCGUGUCAGCAGCAUUUGUGCUGUACUCUCUCAUUUGCUUCAGAACCACUUCAGCGUCAAAGAUUUCCUUUGGAUUGGCUUAUUUUUGGUUUACACUUUACGUCCUUCAUCGGUGGAUGAGAGUCAGACUUGCCCAGAUAAUGUCAUGAAAUCACUUAAUGAAGGGAUAAGCCAGACAUCAACAAAAAUGAUCUGGCUACGAAACCAGUUACUGAAUAUGUUGUUGGAUGUCAUACAAUCAAAUAAAUUCCAGCUUUCCUCAGAAAUCCAGGAAGAAGCAUUCCAUGCGCUGGGGCCUGACUGGUUCCUGAUGUUCAUACAAGGCCACGUGCAUCCAAGCACAGCUGUGUUAGCAGUCAGAUUGCUACUCCACUUCCUGCAGAACCGUGCACUCUUACGUACAUUCACAGAAGGAAUGAUGGCUGGCCUCUGGAUUGAAAACAACACAGUGGGGCUGAAUGUUUUGAUGAACAAUUUAAAGAGCCACCAGCAGAUCCCUGAGCAUAGCCCGUAUCUACUGUCUGGAUUUGCUGAGCUGAAGGCAUUCCUGAGCCACUGGAUCCAUGUCCCUGAAAUGUACUUUUUUCUGUCUGGGCUCUUUCUAGCCACCCCAGUGACUAAGCUACCAGAUGAAACCAAGACCAAUUUGGACUCAAUGUUGCAGUGGUUGCUUCGUAAUCACCAUGCAGAUGCUGUAACCAGAAUUGGAUUAUGCCUGGAGGCAGGGGUUCUUCUGCUAGAGAUGAUAAAGUCCUUAGUGAAUCAGACUCCCACAGGUACAGAGGAUUCAUGGCAGAACACCUACCCGGGGCACAUCAUGCAGUUCUUCUGUCUCGUAUAUCACAUGUACUCCCAGGAUCCCCUUUGGUACAACUCUGAUUUCCUCCAAGCUUUGGCCUUGAUUGUCUUCCCCUUGGAGGUACCCCAGGGGAGCUGUUGGAAUGGCUGUUCUCCCAGUGGACUGGCUGUUGCCUCUUGCAAUGAGAACUGUGCUGGUCUUCCUCCUUCUUUGCUCUUGAAUCCUGCAAAGAAGCAAGUAUGGGACUUCAUACGUCUCCUUCUGAUGGAAACUUUGCUGCUCAGCUCAGCUCAUGAACAGUGGCACCCGCUGGAGUUCCUUCUUGAGGCAUCUGCAGAGAACUCCACCACUGAGCAGAAGAGGUACUUCCAGACAGAGCUACUACUUUGCAUUAUAGAUGUAUUCCACAUAACUAUCCAAGAUGAUGGAGGAAUCAUGAAAGGGAACGGUGAUGGCCAAAGUGCUUCAGAGACAGUCAUGCCUUUUCUAGUAAAUGUUUCCUAUUUUAUCCAGAGGCUGGUAGAGAAGCUUUAUGCAGGAAUGUUAGACGCUGAACCUAUGAGGAUCCUACUCUUCCUCACAGAACACUUGACAGUGGUCACAAAAAAAGAUUUUCUCCACAAGGAAGCAAGUAUAAAUGCCCUGUACAACAGUUUAAACCGAACCAUCCUGUACUACCUGUCGAGUUACGUUUCUGAGCAGCAGAGGCUCCUUGAAGUCCUUCAUACUCUUCAAUUACAAUGGGACAUCAUCUUCUCAAUACACAAUUCAAGUCUUGAAUUCAUUACCUGUCUCUUAUACUGCCUGUUGCUCCUGAAAAACACAAGUUCUCCAGAAGACCAUAAAAUAAAGGGGAGAGAACUAUCUGAUUACAGUACGUUACUCAGUACAGAUGAGGAGGAGAGAAUGGGUGAGCCCUUUACUCUAAACAAUGUUCAGCAAAAGAUCCAAAAAGCAAUUGAAGAAAUCUGGAUACAGCUGCUGUCUCAGAAGGGAAAAAUUUUGGAGGAUGCAUACAAAAUCUCUCUCUCUGUACAGAUGGGAGAUGGAGAUGAAAAAGGGAAGAUAGUAGACAUGACUCCUGUGUGGAAAGAGAUUGUGGAAGAGGCUUGGCACCACUUUUUAGCUUCAGAAAAGAAAAAUUCUCCAAAGAGUGUUCAAGGACAGUAUUCCAGGAAGAUAAUUUCUUGGAGUGGAAGCUUAUCUUCAGCAGCAAAAACGACAUUUAGCAAGAAUACAAAGCAGAUGGGAACCAAAGCUAAGGACUUUGUGUCAUGCUUAGAAGAAUAUAGAAGACAUGGUCAAGAACUCUAUGCAAUUCUGUGUAAGGACCAUGCUGAGAGAUUACUAUUUGCUUACAAUAAAUCAGCAAAGGCAUGGACAAACCUUGAGGAGCAGCUUUUUGGGAAAGGAGGCCCCUGGGGGCCUGUCUUCAUUUCUUCAAAGUGGAUCCUGGAUGGGUAUGAAGGCCCUGCCCGGAUGAGGAAGAGGACUCGGUUGAACAUCACCUGUCCUACAGCUCUACCAGUGAGAAAUAAGUUGAGCAAUUUCCCUCUUCAGGCUCACCAGACAUAUGAAAAUGCAUCUUUGCCUGAGAAAAGUCAAGAAGAACUGAUUCUAAAUGAAGGAAAAAGAGAGAUGGAUUGUGAUCAGCUGACAUUCUUUCCUAGUCUAUGUGAAAGUUUUAAUUCAGAAGAAUUGCUGGAAGUCUGCAUGGAAAGGAAUAUAAUCCUGCAAGAAUUUGUAGAGGAUGAAAAGAUUAGAUACAGACAAUCUGUGGUGAUUGUUCAGGGACACAUGGCAUUGGAAGGGGUGCUUCUGUUUGGCCAACAACAUUUUUACAUCUGCAAGUAUUUCACUUUGUCCCACCUGGAGGAGGUUUAUUGCUCAAGACACUGCUUGUCCAGCAUUAGUGAUUCGUUCAUUUAUAGUUUGUGCCACAAAGAGCAAGCCAUGGGACAGCCUACAUGUUCCUGCUAUUCAUACUGUGACAUUAAAGAAAUCCAACCAAUGCGUUUUCUUCUCCAGAAGGUUGCUUUUGAAAUCUUCUUCAGAAAUGGCUACUCCAUAUUCCUCGUAUUCCACAACAAUGAUAGGAAAACAAAUCUGAAAAGAUUUUACUCGGUGAGGCCUGAUCUGAAAUCAAAAGGCGUCACAGAGGAGUCCAUUAAUAUAAGGAGAAGUGCAGGAAAAGAAAAGCCCAUGCUUCUGAAGUGGCAGAGGAGAGAAAUAAGCAACUUUGAAUAUCUCAUGUACCUCAACACUCUGGCUGGGCGCACGUACAGCGAUCUUAUGCAGUACCCAGUAUUCCCAUGGAUCCUUGCUGAUUAUCACUCCCAGAUUCUAGACCUGAAUAAUCCCAGUACAUUCCGUGAUCUCUCAAAGCCCAUGGGGGCACAAACACUAGAAAGAAAAAUGAAAUUCAUCCAACGCUACAAGGAAGUAGAAAACAAUGAAGGUAUGUCCCCCAUUGCUGCCUCGCUACCACUUGUUCCAAAGCAUGUAUUUUCUGAGUGUAGGUUUCUUUCCAUCUCUUUUUUAGCAGCCGAAAACAAUUCAGUGUUUCUUUCCUUCUCCCAUUUCCCCACUCCUUUUUUUCCAAUCCUCCAGGGAGGAAGUUUUGACGUUGCAGAGAGGAUGUUCCACAGCAUUCAGAGCGCGUGGGAGUCAGCCUCCAGAGAUAACAUGACUGAUGUGAGGGAGCUUAUCCCUGAAUUUUUUUAUUUCCCUGAAUUCUUAACAAACUGCAACCAGUUUGAGCUUGGAAGCUUACAGGAUGGGACCUCACUGGGUGAUAUACAGUUGCCCCCAUGGGCAGAAGGAAAUCCUUAUAAAUUUGUUAGUUUGCACAGACAGGCACUGGAGAGUGAUUAUGUCAGCACCCAUCUCCAUCACUGGAUAGAUCUGAUCUUUGGCUCCAAGCAGCAGGGCCCAGCUGCGGUGAAGGCUGUGAACAUCUUCCACCCCUAUUUUUAUGGUGAUCAACUUCAGUUAGACAACAUCAAGGACCCACUCAUCAAAAAUACCAUCCUGGGAUUUGUCAGCAAUUUUGGGCAGAUCCCCAAACAGCUCUUUACCAAACCACACCCAACCAGGAAUGCCCUGGGGAAGCAUCCAGUGGGGAGAGAAAACAUACUCUUCCCUUGUCCAGCUGGGCAGUUGCCUCCAUCAAUCAACAGCCUGCAUAACCUGAAGUUCUCAUCCGUUACUGUCAAAGAAGCACCCCAAGGACCUAUUGGCCACGUUGUAUGCAAUGAAAAGGGAAUUUGGGUGGUGGGGAAGAACAAAAUCCUGCUCCCUCCAUUGUGGAAUAAAGUAUUUUGCUGGGGAUUCCAUGACUUCACCUGCUGCCUAACCGGCUAUGGAUCAGACAAGAUUAGCACCACAUUUGAAGCCUUCGCUGACUGGGGUUGUUGUCUCUGCGCUGUGUGUCCCGCGCCAACAACACUCAUCACCUCUGGAAGUAGCUCUGUUGUGUGUGUCUGGGAACUCUCCAUGGCUAAGGAUGGAGCCGCUUGCUUAUGCCUGAAAAAGCCUCUGUAUGGACAUACACAGCCUGUGACCUGCUUGGCUGCCUCCACAUCCUACAGCAUCAUUGUGAGUGGAUCUACUGACAGAACCUGCAUCAUCUGGGACUUGAACCAUCUGACACACAUCACCCAGCUUCCUGCCCACGAGGCAUGCCUCUCAGCUGUUGCCAUUAAUGAUUCAACGGGUGAUAUUGCCUCAUGUGCUGGAACAAUUCUCUACCUGUGGAAUGUCAAUGGGCAGCCUCUAGCCAGAGCCAGUCUCACCUCCAGCCUGGCAGCCAUAUUUUCUUGCUGUUGCUUCACUGAAGUGAUAGACUGGGAUGUUCACGGCAUCAUAGUCACUGGAGACACAGCCGGCGGUGUUCAGGUCUGGAAGGUUGAAAAUACUUCACAUCCUUACCAGAGCUUCCCAAUGAGCUCGCAGGAAGACUUUUCUGAAUGCCAGCCAAACAAGGAAAGAUGCUAUAGAAGCAGAGAAAUUGGGCAGCAAAUUCUAACCACAGCAAAGUGUAUGGGAGAAAAUGCAGUGCUGAACAGCACUUAUCAAACUUCAGAGUCCUGUAAUGGACAUUUCAGUCUUUCAGUCUCAGAAUUGGUAUGGAUCACCAUCAAACCAAGCUCUCAAAGAAUGCUGAGUUUCAAGACAACUCGAUACAGUCAGAAGACUAAGGAACAAUAAAAGAAAGGAAUCCCAGCCUCUACCAUUAUGGGAGGCUUAAGUUUGCCAUUGCAGCCACAUGACAAGAGGUCAGGAGUGAUGAGAAACAAUGUCUGCUUUUCUCAAAAGAUCAGGAAAGAAAGAAGAGUAAAAUAUUCAUCUGGAAGCAGAAAUGAGCACAAAAAGAGAAGGGAAGAAUCUGCUAAUUGGCAAUAAGGUGGAAAUGCCAUUGGUCCUCUGUCAAGAGCUGGAUCUCAGCAUGUCUCCAUCAGAGAAACCUGGAAAAAUCAUGCCCGCU